AUAACGCGUCUUAUCGCAUUCCCAUAUGAUUUUAUUUCAUCGCAUCUGUUAUGCAUUUUCUGUACUCUACGAGGAAGACAGCGAUUCGUACUAAAAUUAGAGGCAAAGUCUGGGUCUACGGAGGAGAAAAAGAAGUCGCUCUUUCUUUAAUUCCCGUCUCCACCUCCAAAACAUCCAUAGCGCAAUAAUCAUUAAUCAAUGGCUAUCUCCCCUGUUUUCAUCACCAAAGAAUCACUGCGCUCCAUCCUCUCACACAGCUCCUUAAUCCAACACUUCCAUACAUCUUUACCCACCGUCUCGCCCACACUCCAAACUCCAAUCCGCCAAAGCUACGCCGUUUCACCAUCCUCUUCUCUUCUCCUAAUGCCUUCUUGGUCCUCCUCCCCUUCCCUUCCUUAUAUAGGCGUAAAGCUUGUCACUCACUUCCCGGAAAAUUCCAUCAUAAACUUACCCGGAAUCCAUGCAAGUUAUGUGCUUUUUAGCUCCACAACUGGACAAACUUUGGCAUCUAUGGAUGGCACUGAGUUAACCCUAUAUAGAACAGCUUGUGUUUCUGGCUUGGCCUCAAAACUCUUGGCUAAUGAUAGUAGCAAAGUACUGGUGAUGAUUGGUGCAGGCUCUUUGGCUCCCCAUUUGAUCAAGGCCCAUAUGGCUGCAAACCCCAGUUUGGAGAAGGUAAUAAUUUGGAACAGAACGAUCAAGAAAGCAGCUGAUUUAGUUUUGAAACUAAAGGAAGAAUGUGGAGAAAAUAAUAGUGUGUGUUUUGAAAGUAAUAAUAAUUUGGAGGAGAUCAUAGGAUUGGGUGAUAUUGUGAGUUGUGCUACAAAUUCUGAUAGGCCAUUGGUGAAAGGAGAGAAGAUGAAGGCAGGAGCGCAUUUGGAUUUGGUUGGAUCAUUUAAGGAGACAAUGAGGGAAUGUGAUGAUGAUGCAAUUAAGAGAGGGAGAGUUUUUGUUGAUAAUGAGGCUGCAUUGCUAGAGGCUGGGGAGAUUGUCGGAGCAAUCGAGAGAGAAGUGAUUGAGAAAAAGGAUAUUGGGUAUUUGGUGGAGUUGAUCAAAGGGGAUGAAGCUGGAAGGAGAGAUUCACAAGAGCUUACUGUAUUUAAGUCUGUUGGUUCUGCGGUCGUGGAUAUGCUUGCUGCCCAAUUUGUUUAUGAGAAUUACGUUAAGGGUUAAAAUACUGAGAUAGAAAGAUGCUAAGUAAUAAGAUUUUCUAUGUUAUCUGUCCACUCCUUGUUUGAUGAUAGAGCAUAUUUCAUAGCUGAAAUUCCAUGUUUCCUUGCAAUAAUGAAGUCCCAUUCCCUUCAAAUAUACAUAAUAAACAAUGAUUUGCAAAAAUUUUCA